GCAUAAAAUAAAUUAGUUGUCUGUGCCGCUUGGAGGAGACCAGGUUUCCAUCAUGUCGCAAAAAAGAUACGCAAUGUUCGUGUCACGCUUUCCUCCACUGUAUGGAAACAGGACACAGACAAGUGAAAGGACUGAAAUAUCCCCUGUCUUUGAGGAAUGGUACCGUCGAUUCUUUGUUAGCCUGGAGAGAGUAGAUGAAACCACUCGCCCUCGACAGGGGUGGUGGUGAGAGAAGGCAAUCUUCAGCAGGUUGGUUUUCUCUUGCCUGCUUGGGCGUCCUCUGUGCAGGAGCCACAAGGGACCAUGAGCGACGGUGACAAGAACCCAGCCAGCACCCCUGCCCCAGUCACUGAUGUGCAAGGCGAUGGCCGGUGGAUGUCACUGCACCAUCGCUUCAUUGCCGAUAGCAAAGACAAGGAACCAGAAGUCCUGUUCAUUGGCGAUUCUCUGGUGCAGCUGCUACACCAGUUUGAGAUCUGGAGAGAGCUUUUCUCCCCACUACACGCUCUCAACUUUGGCAUUGGGGGUGAUGCCACCCAGCACGUGCUCUGGCGACUGCAGAAUGGGGAGCUGCAGCACAUCCGGCCAAAGAUUGUGGUCAUCUGGGUGGGCACCAAUAACCACGGCCACACCGCAGAGCAGGUGGUUGGAGGCCUAGAAGCCAUCGUCCGUGUCAUCAACCACCAGCAGCCCCAGGCUCGUGUGGUGGUGCUGGGCUUGCUGCCACGAGGCAAGAACCCCAACCCGCUACGGGAGAAGAACCAGAGGGUGAACGAGCUGCUCGAGGCCAAGGUGCCGCUGCUGCCCAAUGCCUCCUUCCUCAAUGCCGACCCUGGUUUUGUGCACUCGGACGGGACCAUCAGCCACCACGACAUGUACGACUACCUCCACCUGACCCGCAACGGCUACGCCCGACUCUGCCCUGGGCUGCACCGUCUGCUGUUGUGCUUGCUGGGAGAGUGCCACGCCCAGGCUCCUUGACAGGCAGAGCUGUUCUGGCCAAGAUCCAAAUCGCACUUGGGGCCUGAGCAAGUAUCGGGGGCAACCUCUUAGAAGCUAGAAUACCUCCUCCUCCUCUUGCCUCCAAUUGGGCAAGCAAUAAGUGCGGUUUCCUCCCUCCCCUGAUAUUCUUUGGCUCUGCCCACCCAGUGGCAUUCAAUACUGAUUUUCCAGCCCUUUCAGCGCAGUUGUUAGUUAUUUAUAGACUGUCGAGUGGUUCUGGGAGACUGAUGGUCGUGGGGGAAGAAGGAAGCAUGUUGGCCUACUGAUGCCAAAAAUGUUGGGCACAAAGCAGGUGAAUAAACUCACCUGUACUUAAUAAACAGAUACUCCAUCUUGCAA